AUGGAAAAUCUCAUGCAUUAUUCCACGCUGUGCGAUUGGGCCCUACUUUAUAGAUAUCCCAGUAUGUCCUCAUGUGAUAAAUUACGCUUCUGGCAUGUUGAGAAAGAUAUAGAAGAUUUGAUUUUAAAUAAACGGUUCGUUCCAUUUCCUCCUAGACCAAAAGCGUAUCAAUUAGAUUUAAAUAGCGAUCCACAUAUUCAUCAACAACCAAUUCCUGAGGAAUAUCCUUCCAAAGAUGGAUUCGAAAAUAAUAGACAGCUUAACGUAAUUGCGAGAGGAAUUCUUAUUCAUCCGGACUUAGUGAACUUAUGGAAACAAAUUGGUUAUUAUGAGAUUUGUAACGACGUUAAUGACUUGGUCAUGCAAGGAGCACUUCACAUUCUAUUCCCACCAACCCCUGCAUCCGAUUGGUCUUGCCCAUCCAUUGAAAUGCAUCGAUUAGACGAAAUAGGAGACAUCUUAUGGGACGCUUUCCUUGUAAUUCGAUCAGGUGAAAAUGUCUUUUCACUCGCCUUUAAAUUUUUCAGAGAAGCUUUUAAACCCGAAAGAAAUUUAAAGAAAGAUGACCUACUAAAUUUCCUUAAAUCCAAAUUUGAUUAUCAUGAACAAGUUAUAAAGCAAGUCGUUAAACAAUAUUUUAUAGAAGAAAAAAUGAGCGAUAUUACGUUAAGAAGAAAAUCUUUAAUACUGUCACCAAAAAUUUAUCAAUGUGUCCUUAAAACUUAUAGCAAGGAUUCCGAGCUCACAGUUAUUUGUUUUGAGGAAAUCCACGAAAUUUGGAAGAAAUAUCGACUUUUCCAUCAUCUCGGUUUUCGAUUCAUAUAUUAA